AUAAAUCAUCCAUGGCCUCACAUCUUUCUUCCAUUAUUCACUUUCUAAUCAAGAUAAGCACUGGGAAAUAGUUAGAGAGAGAGAGAGAGAGAGAGAGAGAGAGGGUGAGGAGAGAGAAUAUGGAAGCUCAGGUUAGCAACAGUACGAAGAUGAUCCUCCUUGUUCUAAACUGUCUCCUACUUGCAAUCGGAAACUGUGGAGGUCCAUUGAUCAUGAGACUCUACUUUAUCCAUGGCGGAAAAAGAAUAUGGCUUUCUAGCUGGCUAACCACCGGCGGGUGGCCUCUCAUUCUAAUCCCCCUCCUCAUCGCUUACUUCCACCGCUGCAGCUCCACCACCACCACCAAGCUCUUCUUCAUGAAACCGCGGUUGUUCAUCUACACUGCCGUCGUUGGCCUACUCACCGGCCUCGACGACUACCUCUACGCCUACGGCGUCGCCCGCCUACCGGUUUCAACCAUUGCUCUCAUCGUCGCCACCCACUUAGCUUUCACCGCCGGCUUUGCUCGCCUUCUCGUUAAGCAAAAGUUUACUUCUUAUUCGAUAAACGCCGUGUUUUUGCUGACGGUCGGAGCUGCGGUUUUGGCCCUUCACACGAGUGGUGACCGGCCGAACGGAGAGUCUAACAAGGAGUAUAUUUUAGGGUUUAUAUUGACUCUUUCGUCCGCGGCGUUAUACGGGUUUGUUCUGCCAUUGAUUGAGUUGUCGUACAUUAAGGCAAAGCAGGCCAUUACCUAUACUUUGGUGAUGGAGAUUCAGCUGGUCAUGUGUUUUUUCGCCACUCUUCUCUGCACGGUAGCAAUGCUUAUCAACAAAGACUUCGAGGCCAUUCCAAGGGAAGCAAGAGAAUUUGAGCUGGGGGAAACAAAGUACUACGUGGUGGUAGUGUGGAGUGCCAUCAUUUGGCAAUUUUUCUUCGUGGGAGUAGUAGGAAUCAUCUUCUAUGCAUCGUCUUUGCUUUCCGGCAUCAUAAUCGCUGUACUUAUUCCGGUGACGGAGGUUUUAGCCGUUGUUUUUUACCACGAAAAGUUUGGAGGAGAGAAGGGUGUUGCUCUUGUCCUCUCCGCCUGGGGUUUCGUUUCUUACUUCUAUGGUGAGAUAAAACAUAGCAAGAUUAAAACGAGUGACGAAGUUCCACAAACAGAGAUGGCAGCUGGUAAUACUGUUGUAAGUGAUCAUGCAUAAUGAGUUGAAUAAUCAUUCUUCAAGUUUUACUUAUUUAAUAAAAGAGUGCUAAAAUUUGGGUUGA